CCUCUUCCAACACGCUCCACGUCAUACGGUUUUGGCUGUCGUCGUGACGUGGCCCCAAAAAAUUGUCAAAACGUUUCGAUUUUGUUGUUCACUUGUGACUUGUAAGAGCUGUUAUUUGCAGAUUAUUUUGCUAAAAAGGUAGCACAUUGCAUUAUUAACUUAGAAAAUGGAUCAAGUAGUAAACUUCCUUGAACCUGGCCGUCAAUUUGCCAAAGACUCAAUCAGAUUGGUCAAAAGGUGCACCAAGCCAGACAGAAAAGAAUUCCAAAAGAUUGCUGUAGCGACAGCCAUCGGUUUCUGCAUAAUGGGUUUCAUCGGAUUCUUCGUCAAACUGAUCCACAUCCCCAUCAACAACAUCAUUGUAGGAUCAUAAACAGUAUUUUUAUAAGGUCGUUUAUUCUCUAAGACAUUUUUCAUGUUUUUUUUUUUUACUCAUAGAAUUAUUUAUUUUUACAUGAUUAUAAGAUGUAUCAUCUGAAUCGUUAGAUAUUUGGUAAUAAAUAAAUGGAAAAUAUUAAUAAAUAAAUUGAUGAUGGCAGGAUUCUUUAAUAAAACGGUUUGUUUUA